UACAACCCUGUCACUCUCACUGUUAUAAAAGGCGCAACGUUCAGCUGGCUGCACGCAAGCAAAAAUAACAAACAAAAAUUAUUUGUUUCAAUUAUUGACAAUAAUAAGUGUUUUAUGUUGAUAAAAUUGGUUUGCAAUGAGCGCGCCUGCUAAGAACAACGGCACCGGCUUGGAAGACGUUAAUAUACCCGGUCAGGCGUUUCUGAGAGAAGCUCUCACCUCAUGCACGGAUCCCUUGAAAGCAAUUGAGAGUUUUCAAUUGGAAAAUGGAGUUUUAUUGCCUUCGCUACGCCCAAUGCUGCCUCUGCUCGAUCUGCACGGCGUGCGCCGCCUGGACUUUCACACAUCACUUAUGGAGGAGCUACGCGACAAGCUGAUUGCCCACAUUAACGAACUGAACCAGAAAGAUCCGCGCGAGCGCGAAAAAAAGCUAAAGGAGCUGCUUGUCAAGAGUUUCCCGGUGGUGCGUGUGAAAUAUCUGCGUCCUGUGGUCAUGGCCAUACUGCGCAACACUCAGCACAUCGAUGACAAGUAUCUGCGCAUCUUGGUGCGAGAUCGUGAACUAUACGCGGACACGGACACCGAAGUGAAGCGACAGAUUUGGCGUGAUAAUCAAUCGCUAUUCGGAGACGAGGUGUCGCCGCUGCUCUCCCAAUACAUACGUGAAAAGGAGCAUAUUCUCUUCGAUCACACGAAUCUCAAUAAUCUGUUCUUCCAGCCCACACCAAAAGUGCGACGCCAUGGCGAAGUUGUGCAGAAGUUGGCCAAUAUGAUUGGCAACAGCGUCAAGUUGUACGACAUGGUGCUUCAAUUUUUGCGCACACUCUUCCUGCGCACCCGCAACGUUCACUAUUGCACGCUUCGAGCUGAGUUGUUGAUGGCACUACACGAUCUGGAGGUGCAGGAGAUCAUCUCGAUUGAUCCAUGUCACAAGUUCACCUGGUGUCUUGAUGCCUGCAUCCGCGAGAAGAAUGUGGAUAUUAAACGUUCGCGUGAACUCCAGGGAUUCCUUGACAAUAUCAAGCGUGGACAGGAGCAAGUCUUGGGUGACCUUUCAAUGACACUUUGUGAUCCGUAUGCCAUAAAUUUCUUGGCCACGUCCGCCAUCAAGAUACUGCACCAUCUGAUCAACAACGAGGGCAUCCCGCGUGAGAAUCAAGUCCUUAUACUGCUGCUGCGGAUGCUUGCUUUAGGAUUGAGUGCCUGGGUCAUGAUUGAUUCCCAAGACUUCAAGGAGCCCAAGCUUGAUGGCCAGGUAGUGACAAAGUUUCUACCGGCGUUGAUGUCGCUCAUGGUGGAUGAUCAAUGUCGUAGUCUGCAUGGCAAGCUGCCGCCGGAUGAGCGUGAGUCGGCGCUGACCACCAUUGAGCAUUCGGGUCCAGCUCCCGAUGCUGUCCAGGCUUACAUCCAGGAGAGUGCAGUGGCCAGCAUUCUGGCCAUGUAUUAUACUUUGCAUUCGGCGCGUGCCAAGGAUCGUGUUGGUGUACUGCGUGUUUUGGCCAUUUUGUCAGCCUGCAAAGAUGAUCGUGCCUAUGAGGAUCCUUUUUUGCAUUCGCUGAUAGCGCUGUUGAUUCCUAUGAGUGAUGAGUUUGCCACUGAAGAUUUCUGCACCACGCUGUUCGAUGAGUUCAUAUUCGCUGGCUUGACACGCGAGAAUGUGACCUCGCGACAUAUGCUGAAGUUGCUGUGGUACGUCCACAACAAGUUGCCUGUGGGACGCCUUGGAACAUUGAUGAAGGCGAUGCAACCGACGACAGCGCACAACGAACACAUUCACAAACUGUAUGAAACGCUACAGGAGCGCAUUGGCACAGCGACUACGGGAGGAGAAACGCCCGUAGUGGAGCUGCCGCCCGAAGAAUUCGAUUCGCCCUUAAAGAGCGUUCCAACACCAGGACCACACUAUAGUGCCCAAUAAUUUAAGUUAAACUUAAUUUUAUUGCCCUAGUCUCUGUCGCAUCUGUUUUCUCAACGAAGCUGCUAUAUUUUAUGACAAUUUUGUACUCUUUUUUUUUCAUAUUUUUAAUAAUGUAAUUGAU